AUGUUCCACUUCAUCUUAGGAAUGUCUAAUCAAUAACUCUUGACAUGCGUGUUUGAUAUGAACAUGGUACAAAGUAUCCAACUUCGAAGAAAAGUAUUAAUGGCAUAGAUAGUUUUCAUGACAGCUUAAGUGGAAAAACUUCAAGAAGAGGGGCAAAAUCUAGUCUAGGUAUUCCAAUAUAGAAGACUUCAAAUAAUUGGAUUAACGUCUCAUGAAAAAAUAAAGCAUGAUGAAGAAAUUCUUGAUGAUGAAUCUAUAAUGAGUUUAAAUGACAUAAGAGAUGGCAUGAAAGUUAGGAGAAAAUUAAAGGAGUUUCUAUCCUAUCAAAAUAAGUUACAAAAAUAAUAGACUUAUAGAGAUGCACACAAAAACCUUUCAGUUCCUUAAAUAGAUUAAAUUGAUCCUGCCCACAAGCAUCCGUCGUCGAUUGAUAUCCGUAAGUUAAGCCCUGAAUUUUUAUAAGCUGUAGUAGAUAGAGAUUACCUUGAAUCAAAAGAGAAAAUUUAGAAAAAUAGAAAAUCCUUCAUUGUAAGCAAUGAGUAUAGCAUGUUUCCUUAUCAUAAGAAAUCCAACCCUCUCUUAAAAAAUAAAAUUAAUGAUGUAAAAUUUACAAGUACCAAGAGUCCUUUCCAAUAGAGGAUGGCACUCAAUACUUCAAGAGCUGGAACAACUGAAAACUCAAAGCUGAUUCCAUAUAAAAAGGGGCACUUAAGCCGUAGUACUUAAAAAAGAAAUCAAAUUAAAGUAAUUGAAAAGAAAUUAGGGGUUAGCCCAUAGAAAUCUGAAAAUAAAGUUAUUACCAUUUUUAAAAAAUGCAAUGGAAGUAACAUUUAAAAGCUCUCUAAAAUAAUAUAUGAGUGCUAAACUGAAAGGAAAGAUAAUGAUACCUUAUAUUAGACUAUGGAUGAAUGGGGUACAUAAUUUCAGAUAUUUUGCUAAUAAAAAUAAUAAGGUGUUGAUGGCUAGAAUAAUACUCAUAGAAACUAUAAUGAUGAUAGUAGUAUACUUUAAUAACUUUGA